CGCGUCAAAGUCAAACUUCCGGGUAAGGUUGUUGAUUUCUUGGCUGUCGCUGGUUGUCUGUCAGGUGUAGAUAUCGGUGAAAUUCACAUGUAGUAUUUGAACUGUAUAUUUAUUUAUUUAUUUAAGCAGUGUAACUAAUAUAGUUUAUAUAAAACGGACCGCUGUAAAUAUAUUUGGAUAUUAGUUGUUGUUUCGCUGUCUAAAAACUCCUGAGCCGGUGUGACUGAAGUGAUGCAACAUGGCAGCAACUCCUCUCAGUAGCCGUUUUCUCUCAGCACUGAGGAGACACACUCGGUGUCAGAGCCGGGGACUUAACUCUUUGGCAGAGAGGACAGUGAGCCAGGUGUCCUCUGUGGUGACAUGUAACCACAGAGGAGCAGAGGGAGACACAAGCCUGGACAGGAGACCCGCGGUGGAGUGGGACAGUAGCGGUCGGGACAACAACAACAGCAGGUCUGCUCUGCUCAAGUCAGUCUCUGUGGGGCUGGGACUCUGUGCUGCGGUGCUUCUGGACAGUCAAAGACAUGACAAAGUGAAGGAAAGAAGUGUGUCGAUAUCCGGGCGGUUUCUUGAACUCAUCCUGCCCUCAGCUCAGUGUGCUUCCCCCUUUAAACCCGACAGCCCCCGGUAUAAAUACAACUUUAUUGCAGAUGUGGUCGAAAAGUCAAACCCAGCUGUCGUGUACAUUGAAAUCGUGAGCAGACACCCAUUUUCAGGAAGAGAAGUCCCAGUGUCAAACGGCUCUGGUUUCAUCAUCAGCAGUGAUGGACUCAUCGUCACCAACGCUCACGUUGUGGCCAACAAGAGAGGCGUCCGCGUGAAGCUCACCAACGGGGAGACGUACAAUGCCACUGUGCAAGAUGUUGAUCCAGCGGCAGACAUUGCCACCAUCAAAAUCACUACGAGGAACCCGUUACCCACGCUCAGCCUUGGUCGGUCGUCUGACAUUCGACAAGGAGAGUUUGUAGUUGCCAUGGGGAGCCCGUUUGCUUUACAAAACACAAUCACGUCAGGAAUCAUCAGCUCGGUACAGAGAGGCGGGAAGGAGCUGGGCCUGUCCAACUCCAACAUGGACUACAUCCAGACUGAUGCAGCCAUUGAUUUUGGAAAUUCUGGAGGUCCCCUGAUUAACUUGGACGGUGAAGUCAUCGGUAUAAACACCAUGAAGGUCACUGCAGGAAUCUCCUUUGCUAUUCCGUCUGAUCGCCUGAAACUUUUUCUUGAUCAAGCAGCAACAAAGAAGAGUUCUUGGUUUGGUGAGUCAGAGACGAAGCGGCGGUACAUUGGUGUAAUGAUGCUCACACUGACACCGAGCAUCAUUGCAGAGUUGAAGUUGAGAGACCCGUCCUUCCCAGACGUGACUCAUGGCAUCUUGAUUCACAGAGUGAUCAUGGGCUCCCCGUCCAACAGAGCUGGCAUGAAACCAGGAGACGUCGUAUUAGAGAUUAACGGAGUGAAGGUGAACACCUCAGAGGAGAUCUACCAGGCCGUCCGCAGCAGCGACAAAAUCAUCAUGGUGGUGCAGAGAGGACAAGAGUUGCUUCAACUGCAAAUUACUUCAGAGUGCACAGAGUGACACUAACUGCACGAUGAACUGGGGGACAGAGUGUCACAUGAUUAGUUCGUGUUUUAAUGUUCAAUUUUGAGCUCCAAAAGUCAUUUUGUUUGUCUGAAACAGUCUUUAUCUACAUGGCUGUUUACAACACAAUGAUUUCAAUGUCAUUUCUCAGUCAAACUGUUUGAAUCAUCGCAAACCUGCCAGUAGCUAAAGACUUAAAUGGAUAAACACUCGUAUUUAUUCACAGGUUUCUCGGAGUACAAUAAAUAAAAUGUUUUCUACAAACUUUUUUUUUUUUUUGGCAGAGUAGCAAAACUAGUCAUGUGUCACGUAAUGAAUUUGUGUUUCGAGAGUCCAAAAUACAGUGUUGGUAAACUGCAAGUUAAUGAAACCUGAAACAAUGCACUUUAUUAAAGCCAUUUAAUGUUAGACGGCAACAAGAAGCAUGAGCGACCGAACUAAUGGCAAGGAGCAAUGGUAUUAAACUGAGCAAACAAGUUUGACAACUCACAAGUGCUACCAUGAUAAUGAUCACAUGAGUAAAAUAUGGAUAUCCCACAUAUUUUAAAUGGACUGUUUUGAGUGUCACACAAUAAAAACCAAGUACAUGAAUUCACU